UGGAAAUUUUAUGAAACCUUAGUCAGUGAGGAAUUUAUUUUCCAUACGGCAAAGUCUUAAAAUUUGUGACAUGGGUCUGAUUCAUACAUUCCAAUGAAGGAGGAAACCAAGAGGAAAAUACCCUUUAAGAGGAACAAAAAAUUAUUAUAUAUUCCCAUUAAAUAUUGCAUUGCAUUAUACACACCUUGAAAUUAAUGACCUUAAAGAAUUUUUAAUAAAAUAACCUCGUUUUUUGGUUUUUCUCAUUUGUUCUUGAUAUGAGUCACCUCUUUUUUUUAUAAUUUUUUUUAUUCCUUUAUUAACCAUUUUAUCUUCAUUUAUCUUACUUGAAUUUUCAAUCUUUCUCUUUUAAGAUUUUGCUUGUGAAUCUUCUCUUGUUGUAGAUUUUUGUUCUUCUUGGAUUUUGUCAACUUUAGACAAAUUUUGCAAGUUUAUACAAGUAGUUAUUUUUCAUUGGUUCCAUAAGAGAUAAUUCAUUUAUCACUAUGGUUUUGAAAGUUUCUUUCCUUCUAGUUCUCAUUGUGUUACAUUUCUUCACUUUAAAAGCUAUUUCUAAGAAUCACAAUGUUGAGCCUAAAAAAUCAUUGACUGAUUUUGCAGUUAGAGACUUAACAAGAAUUCAAACUUUGCAUAAAAGGGUCAUUGAAAAGAAGAGCCAAAACUUCAUUUCAAGGCUACAAAAUACAAAGGAAGAAUCAAACAAGUCCUAUAAGCUGCCGGUGGUUUCUCCGGCUACACCACCGGAAUAUUUUACCGGCAACUAUUCAAGUCAGCUUGUGGCAACUUUGGAGUCAGGAGUCAGUUUUGGUUCCGGUGAGUAUUUCAUCGAUGUGUUCAUCGGUACACCAUCAAAACAUUUUUCUCUAAUACUCGAUACCGGUAGUGAUCUUAACUGGAUUCAAUGUGUUCCUUGUUAUGUUUGUUUUGAUCAAAAUGGACCAUAUUAUGAUCCAAAAGAUUCUAGUUCUUUCAACAAUAUAAGUUGUCAUGAUCCGCGAUGUCAAUUCGUGACAUCGCCUGAUCCUCCUCAGCCUUCUUGCAAGGCUGAGGAGAAUCAAACUUGUCCGUAUUUUUAUUGGUAUGGUGAUAGCUCAAACACAACCGGCGAUUUUGCACUUGAAACAUUCACAGUAAAUCUUACAAAGCCUAAUGGUAAAACCGAACUCAAAAUCGUCGAAAAUGUUAUGUUUGGUUGUGGUCAUUGGAAUAGAGGACUAUUUCACGGCGCAGCCGGAUUAUUAGGAUUAGGAAGAGGACCAUUAUCAUUUGCUUCACAGCUACAAAAUCUCUAUGGUCAUUCAUUUUCCUAUUGUUUUGUGGAUAGAAAUAGUAAUUCAAGUGUUAGUAGCAAAUUGAUAUUUGGUGAAAACAAAGAGCUUCUUAGAAACCAUAAUUUGAAUUUCACUUCUUUUGUUGGUGGAAAAGAGAACACAUUUUACUAUGUUGAGAUAAAAUCUAUUAUGGUUGGUGGUGAGGUUUUAAACAUACCUCAAGAAACAUGGAAUUUGUCAUCAGAAGGUGUUGGUGGUACAAUAAUUGAUUCUGGUACAACUUUAACUUAUUUUGCUGAACCAGCUUAUGAGAUUAUUAAGGAAGCAUUUAUGAAGAAAAUUAAGGGUUAUGCAAUUGUUGAAAGUUUUUUACCAUUAAAGCCUUGUUAUAAUGUUAGUGGAAUUGAAGAAAUGGAAUUGCCUGAAUUUGGAAUCUUGUUUUCAGAUGGAGCUGUUUGGGAUUUUCCAGUUGAGAAUUAUUUUAUUCAGAUUGAAUCUGAUGAUGUGGUUUGUUUGGCUAUUUUAGGGACUCCUAAAUCUGCUCUUUCAAUAAUUGGAAAUUAUCAACAACAAAAUUUUCAUAUUUUGUAUGAUGUUAAGAAAUCUAGACUUGGUUAUGCUCCAAUGAAGUGUUCUCAAGUUUAAUUGACAUCUUUCUUUUUUGGUUUGUGCUCCUUCCGUUUGUAGUGACCAUCGUCAAGACCAUUCGGUCAUGGUUCAUCCACCAUGCGUAUGUUCCUGUCUCCUUAGAAAUCAAGGACACAGUAGUAGGAUCCUAUAAAAUAGUUUGUUUUGUUUAAGAUAUUAGUAAAUGAUGUAUACAGAACAGAUAAAUUAUGUAGAACUAGCUAGGAUCAAUGCAAACUAAAGGUUUCAUUGUUUUGUGAUGAAUUAAUUUGCUUCAAUUUUGAAUUCAUUGCCUCUUUCAAUUCUACAUGGUAUUGUUGUUUAUGACCAUCUUUGUGUUUAUUUAUUCUCAAAAUGAAAUCAUGU